UUGUCACUAUUGUCAGUGCCACUGUCACUUAAUUCCCUUUCCCCACGUGUUUAUUUUGUGGUGGACGAAAUCAAAUAGUUUUUAACAUUAUAAUGGCUGUAAUGCAAAGAAUAAAAAAACCGACUACCAGGAAAGGCAAGAAGGUUUUGCAAUCAAAGGAGCCAAAACCCACUGAAGGCCCCAAACAAUGCAUUUUCCUGCAGGGGAGGAAUCCCUCGGAGCGCACAAAACAACUAUUGAAAGAUAUAUACGACUUGAAAAAACCCGAUGGUGCUUAUCUUCGUCGCAAGAAUGAUUUCGUUCCCUUUGAAGAUGCUACACUCAUUGAAAAAAUGUGCUACAAGAAGGAUGCAUCACUGUUUGGCGUAGGAUCUCACAAUAAAAAGCGUCCUCACAACAUCAUCCUAGGCAGAACAUUUGACUAUGGUAUAUUGGACAUGAUAGAACUUGGUGCCGAGAACUUCAAAGCAAUGUCAGAGUUCCAAAACAUGAAAGUACUGGCAGGGUUAAAGCCAUGCCUGCUAUUCAAUGGGCCAGGGUGGGAACUCAAUGAUGAGCUUAAAAGAUUGAAGUCUUUGCUGACAGACUUCUUUCACAGAGAGAAGGUUGAAUCGAUAAGGCUCCAGGGUUUGGAACAUACCAUCAGUUUCACGGCCACAGACGAAGGCAACAUUUACAUGCGAUCCUACAGGAUACUGCUCAAGAAGAGUGGCCAGCGCACACCUAGGAUUGAGCUGGAAGAAAUAGGGCCUUCAAUAGAUUUCAAGCUAAGAAGAACCAAGCUAGCAGCCGAUGAUUUAUACAAAGAAGCUUGCCGAGUUCCCAGAGAAGCCAAGACUCUCACUAAGAAAAACAUUUCCAGAGAUGCCUUUGGUUCAAAACUGGGUCGCAUCCAUAUGGGCAAGCAGGACAUCAACCGCCUGCAGACUCGCAAGAUGAAGGGCUUGAAGAAGACUCCGGAGGAAAGGAAGCAGAUGAGGGACUUGAAGAAAAAGCAGGCCAAGAUGGCAAAACAAGUGCAGCCUAUGGAAGCAUGAGUAAUAAAGUAGUUGACUGUUUA